CUUUGGCUCUCGCAUUUGAAGGCGUUCGACGAGUGCAGUAGAGACAGAGGCCUACCCACUUUAGGUUUAGGUCUACCCACUAAUUCUUCCAACCAGAGCUUGGCGUUCGGACACCCCCGCUGCCCCCGCCGCGAUUUUGUCUCCUCCUCUCCUUUAGUUUCUCGGCGCAUAACAAUUUAUUUCAGAUCCGGACGCGCCAGAAACAACGGGUCACAAGAGUCUGCUGCAAACAUUGCAACAAGAUGGCGGCUCCCUUUGAUUUGUCGACUUGAAGAAGCGUGGUGACUGCACGUGUGUGAUGUUAUGAACAACAGCGUGAUUUCGUUAGCUUUCAGUCGACGUGCACAAUUAAGAUGCUGAAUCGAAAGAGGAAGAAUACUGGAAACGGAGUGAACAAGGAAGAUCAGAACGGCGACGUCAACGACAGCGUGUUGGAAAAGCGGCCGAAGGUUGACGAUGCUGCCCCGUUCACUGUCAUCAAGUUCGUCAGAGAUCUUGAAAAGGAGGGAAAUCACAUAGAAGAAGUGAGCAGGUUUGUCCAGGCUGCCGACUCCUUCACAAACGGAGAGAGUGCCACUGACGUUGUCAAGCAGUAUCUCAACCUGAGCAAUGGAAACUUCCAGGACAUUGCUGCUCUCAUUGGAAACCAAAAGUCCAGCUCUGCUGCGCUGGUGCCGGUGUACCAGUGCCUGGAGCGCAUCCUGUCGCGGGUGGCAGAGCACUUCCCGCACUUUGGGGCCAGGGCCUUGCUGUCGGUGCAGCAGGUACUGCAGCGGCAUGGACGGAUGGUGCAGCAGUCGCUCUCCCGCCGGGCCAAGGCCAAUCACGUCAAGGCGGCCCUGCGCAUGCUCACAGCCAUGGUCACCCUCGGCCCCGAAGGUGCCCGCUACGUCACUUCAGUGGUCAACUUUGAGGGCGGCGACUUCAGCAUCUGCCUCUCCUGGCGCAAUCGAAAGGAUCCAGAAGAUGUGCGGACUUGUGCUGUGUACCUGCUGAUGUCCAUCCUGAUUGUUGGAAGCAACUCGGUCGCGCGGCAGAUCAUGCGGUACAAGGGCCUUCUGAAUAGCAUUUUUCCUGGCCUGGUGUAUGAUCGUGCUUCUUUCAUCUGCAGCUUCCUCACCACCAUAAAAACUAAGGUUGUGGAGAACAUGUCGGUGACCAAGACGACCAAGGCGAAGAUGCUCAACGACAAGUCCCUCAAGCCCGUAGUCCAGCUCCUGAGCUGGGAAGGCCCAAGGCAGUGGAAGCCCGGCAAGUGGAACAAGUUUGCUCCCAGCGAGGAGCAGGAGGACGACGAAACACGGGCCGUACUGCAAGGAUCAAAAGAAGAUGCUGAGAUGGUGCAGAGCACAGCAUACGACUUUCUGGUCACCUUGUGUUGCUCUCACAAGCACGGGAUUCUUUUUCGUGACAGCUCCUUUGGCCAGUCUAGCAAAAAUGUCAACCAUGUGAUCACAGCAGUUCUUCAGUCCAUGGAGCAACCCUACGAGCAUCCACGAUGCUCUGCAUUCUUGGUAGAAGUGCUCAAGGCGUCACCUGACCAGAUUGCGCAUUACCUCCACUCCUGGCAGUCCAUCAUGGCUUACUCUACAGUUGCAACAACAGAAAAGCUCAUCAUGCUUCUCACUCAAGUGGCAGAGGUGCAAGACGUGGAAACUUCCUUGCAUGCGACGGCUGAGAAAUCUCCCGAAAAGAUCUGCAAGCUUGCAUCCUGUCUGUCCCUCUUGAGUCUUGUGCGGUCUGCUGGGGAAGCCCAUAGCUUACAGGGAGAAGACGUACAAGUUCCCCUGCGACUGGCGCACAUCCGUUUCGUCGCCGCCUCUCUCCGGAAAAUGAAAGCAGCGCUCGACUUUGCUAGGGAUUCAAGGUCGACUGCGAGUGGGGCCUCAAAGGAAAAGCUGGAGCUCUUGCUUUGCCAGGAAGUCUGGAAGAAUGUUCCUCCAACCGACCAGCUUGUAUCCCAUUAUCGGGAAACGGUGGAUGCGGCGGUUCAGGACUCUGCUGGUCUGAAAGGGUCAGCGGUCGUGAGAGGCUCCUACUGCCAGAGCAUCCUGGACGUGCUUUCCCUCUACAAGGAGUUUGCAACUGGAGACCUCGGCGAUUUUGACUGGAAGCUGGUGGCCGGUAUUGGGGGAAUCCAGACGGACUCCCUCAACUCGGCCGUUGGAGAAUGCCUGCAGCUCCGGGCCAUCGGCCUGGUUCUGGAUGCCUGUUCCAGCACGGAGGCUCUUCUGUUUGGUUGUGAAGAACAAUCUCCCUUCUCUCACCUCCUGGAGCUGUUCUCACGUUGCAGGGAAGAUGCCGUUGGGAGAUCGGCGGCUUCGCUCAUCACCAACCUCUUGUGCAAGGUUAACGUCCUGGAAGAUUACGGCUGGGAGGUGGGCAUCUGGAUGGAGAAGCUGAGGCAGGGCCAGCACCUCGAGCUGGUGCGGUUGCUCCUGGAGUCAGUGAAGCUGGUGCUCAGCGAUCCUAACGGACUCAACAGCGAGGUCAUGCGGUGCGUCACGGCUCACGGAGCGGCCGGAGGCGUGGCCGGGCUCAACCUUCGGGACAUACUGCAACAAACUGAAGAAACGCUGGGUGACCUGAAAGAAAUGGAGUCAUUCCAGGCUGGGAAGUACUUCAGCCCACUGCUGCCAGCUGUGCUCAAAGCACUUGGUGACUCAUCAGAUCCCCUGUGCAAGCUGUAUGUCCACUCUGUGAUCAAGGACAUCCUGCAUUACCAGCAACAGCCCCAAGCCCUCUGUAAAUUUCUGAACGAGCGAUCAGCAUUGCUGUCCAAGUCUCUGAGGCGGUAUAUCAGCAUUUGGUCUGGCGGGGCCAUGCCUCAGAAGAGGCCACAAAAGGACAAAGCAGCCGGAGCAUUCUGCUCUCCAGCUGCGGAGGAACUGGAGGACGCAUUCCUCGACCACCUGUUUGUUCGCAAAGACACCACGAGCGCCACCGUGCGUCAGAUUGUUGAGGAUGUAAAUUCGUGUGACAUGGCCCAGUGCAAAGCCCUGUUUUACCAGGUUCUCUUCUACAUAAAGGCCUGUUUCGACAGCACUGAGCUUCUCGGUGGUCUUCGAGCCUUUCUGAAGGUGUUAAGGAAGCUCUUUGAGCGGUGUUUGCAGCUUGAGGAUGGCCAGGAGUGCUGCCUUGUGUUCUUGGACACCUUGCUUCGUCACGAAACAACCCUGUCAUGGUACCUCAGGGAGGAAGCUGAAGACGCUGGGGCUUCUGGAGCCAUGCUCGACUACUCGAGCUUUCUCUUGGACAUGAUCACGCUGAUUUUGCUGGAAACACCAAGCAUCUCCUCAAAGCUUGAGGUCUCUCUGCGUUACCUGAAGGACAGAUCUGUCCGUGCAAUCAUCAACCAGAGCCUUCCCAAGGGACUAGACUGCACAAAACUUGUGGCUGCCUUUGCACCUGUCCUCUCAGAAGUGGACAUUGUGACUCUUCUGAAAGCCGUGGUGCAGUCCAACUCAAGACAGCUGAGAAAAAGCAUAGAGGAGCUCCUCUGCGCAUCAUUUGCCCACUCGAGCUCUGACAACGCGGAAAGUGCGCCCCUGCUGCCUGCCACCACAAUUUCCAGGAUACUUUCUUGCUUGCUCAAGUGUAAAAACAGAGAAGCGAUGGAACAUGAUGGGAAGCCUUUCCUCUCAAGCUUUAUGCGAUUCUUGGAGCGUCGGCCCAUUUACAUGCUUGCUUUGAAAGUGGAUGACCUGAAGCAGCUGCUGGGUGACAAGGAAUCCCCAGCUCACCUCGACAUGCUCACCUUCUUGAUGAGACACAGCGUCCUUCAUCGGCAACAUCUGCAGCAGCUGGUGCAGUCCCAAAGGCCUGUGACUUCCCACUUGCCUGCAGCCAGUGUCGCCAGCUUCUUGCGUGCUCUUAUUACGGGCCUCACCCAAGAAGAGAAAUCUCAGAAACUUGGACUCUGGCUUGCAAAAGCAUUCAUGAUGCUUCUCAAACAAUGUCUGCCAGAGGAAGAACUUUCUUCAGACGUUGUAACGGAUGUCCGCUGCACCUUGGCAUCGCUGAUAAAGCUGAGAUUCCUUUGCAAAGACAACAUAUUGAUGGUUUUGGAGCUGCUGAACGACACACCAGCAAAGCACUUGGAGUUGGCACUGCUUAACACACUGUGCAGCAGUGUGUCUCAGAGACUUGAGGACACUGCUGUUCAGGAUGCCUGCCUACACAGGCUUCUUCAGUGCCUUGCAUCUGCCUUAGAAACAGAAACGGAAGUGUCUCAACCAGUGCUGGAAGCGGUUCAAGAUUCUCUGGCUGUUGUCAAGGUCCUAAACCAAGGUUUAUUUGCUCGUGUGGUGCGUCAAGAUGGCCUUUGGCCGCAGUUUGUCAAGAGCUGCUUGAGGUCUGGAUUUCAGUCAUCCACCUUCGGAAGGGUCUCAUUCGAGCUUCUCUCGGAAAUUUGUCGUAAAGUCUAUGAAACCGAAAACGUUGGUGACAUCAACCCAGCGGUGUGCAGGGUCCACAUGAUGAUGUUUGGCCAUUCAAAGUUCUUGUCCCUGAUGCUUGAUACCAGUGUCGAGACCCAGCCAACCAAAAACAAGAUGCUCGAGCUGAUGGUGACGUUGGUAGAGUGUGACCAAUCCGUCUGCAAGGCAGAGCACAUUCCCGUCUUUCUAAGUGCAUACGGUGGAACCCUUUCGAUGAUUGAUCAAAGGCUUCUCUAUCUGAUGUUUCUUUAUGAAAGAAGUGGAGUCGACAUGUGCAGCUUCAGGCCAUUCAUGUGGGGACCUUCAGCGGUGUCCUUCUACUCUAUCCACAAGAAGGUGUCGGUGAGCUUACUCAAGCAGCCAAAGACAGAAGAAAUUCUCAGCCUGCUGGAAGAAGAAAAGAUGAUGGCAUCUGUCCUCCGCUUCCCCCUGACCUUAGACCUGCAGGUUUCGCCAUUGGAGGCUGUUGCUGAUGAAAGUCUCUAUGAUCCGAGGUUUUUGCUGCCCCUUCUCUACACACUGCUUUCUCCUGGCUCGCUGGUGAACUGCCACAAGCUGGUGGAAAUGCGCUGCCUGGCGUUCCUGCUGGCUUCGCUGAGCAGCGAAGUGUUCCAAAUGAGGUGCCUGGGCUGCAACGUGCUCACGCUGUUUCACCACCAGCUGCAGGGAUCGCGCUUGAGCAUCAGCGAGUUUUGGCUUUGCGUGCUGGAGAGCUUGCGCAACGCGGUCACCGUCACGUGCGUCCGCAUGCCGUGCCUCGUGACUGGCUACUUGGGUUCAGCUGCUGACGUGGUUGGUUCCCCAGAGAAUGACAUGUUCAAUCCUGUCCUGAAAUACUUGCUUGCCAAGCCUGUGCUGGACAUAGGAAAUAUGCCUGAUUUUUACAAGAUGUUCUACAACCCAACUGUUGAGCACAACUUCCGGCGGUCUUGGUUCCUGGAAGUGAUGGCCAACUAUAUGCGGUGCAGCCUGGACUUUCAUAUCUGCAAGAAACGCUACAUCUUCAGCAUUCUGCUCUCCUACUUCAUGUCACCGUUGUGCCACAAGCGGUCAAAAGUGCUAGUACUCAGAGUCCUGACUGCAGCUGUGAAGAUUCCGAAGGCUGCACGGAUACUGUGUCGGGAGCAUGGGCUGCUUGCAUGGAUAUCUGCGGCUCUCUCGAGAAAUGCCGAUGACGAAAGUGUUGCGAAAUUGCUGCUUGAUGUGCUACACCACCUCUGGGAGUCCAGUGCGAUCAGGACGUUCAGACUGGCAGACGUGAAAGCCGCAAGGGUGAAGGCAACUGCAGAAAUGCGAGCUUCGAGCCAGACACGCAAGACCGUGGAUGAAAGCGACGACGACAUCAGCGACGAAGAGGACGGUGGAAGUUUGCAAGAGACGAGAGACGCACAUUCAGAAGUCACUUCAAAGAGAUUUUACCAGCACUUUCCGUUUGAGUACCUUUUGACGCUCUUCAGUGUCCGGAAGCACGUCAGAAACUGCAUGGACCUGUCGGCAUUCAGCCAGUUCGUUGUGGACCUCCGGAACGCCUUGGAAUUCGUGUGUACCCAGGAAAGGAACGAAGAGAAUGUCGUGGAAAACCUGUGUAUCCCCGACGAGAACAUAAUUUCGGAGCUCGUCGGCCACUGGGGCCACUUUGCGACUCGUAGAGUCGACGACGACAAGGAGUGCGCAGCCGCGGGACAAGCUGUCGCUCAGAUCUGCCAUCACUGGCCUCCAAACAAGAGCACACAGGCUCCUGCAUGGGCCCAAACUUUGGGUUUCGUGCUGAGUCACGGAGAAGACAGCGUCGCCUACAACCUGGCCACGCUGGGUUGGGUGCAGCGAUGGAUCAGCGGCGCCGAAGGUCACGAGCGCUCCGCGGAACUGGUCGAGACCGGAAAGACGUGGCGUCUGGAGAGGCUACUUGGGAGAGUCUACCGGACGCUGGGGGAGCUCGCGACCGGUGGUGGCGACGAAGAAGCGGCAUCGGUGGCUCUGGGCGUCCUCGACACGCUUUUCGGAGCGGCCGUGACUAGUCUGCUGCCCAAGGAGCAGAGGAAACCGUACCGGAAAGAGCUGGCGAAUUUACAGGCAUCGCAGGCUUCUGGGACUGACAGGGCUUUGGCCUGCACUCUCCUCUUCCACGAACUGCUGCUGAGGACGAUCAAGGGUCCUCAUACUUGUACAUAACAUUUCAUUUAUGGCACUCUAGGUCAUAUCUUAAAUUCAAUAAAGUAUGGCAAGUAAAUUUUAAAA